CUGUCGACGGACCUGACCACAGACUUCGGCCAGGCCAGUACUGACGACGAUCUGCGGUACUCCAUCAACUAUGCCGUUUUGAGCCGUGAUCUCCGUUCAUUUGAGAAGAAACACAGCCGUAGCAGCUUCCGGUCGCUUCUGCAGCUUGGAGAAGGCAUUUUCAACGAAGUGCUUUUCAGCACUAAUUGCACGCGUGCUACACUGACAUUUGAUAUGGAUCACCAGGACUGCGACGUAAUCGUCGAAAUGAGCCGGGACAAGUCAAGCGGGCCGAAGAUCACUCUCAAACUGGACAAUCUCGGCGUCAACACCAUCAUUGGAGUGUUUAAGGAGGAGAGACUGGCACAACAGCCGGUGGUGCUGAACCUUGUACUGGAAGUGGCGGGCGAGUUUUCUAUCGACAAGAUUGUGUCAAGCACAAAAAACUACGUUUCCAAGUCCCAAUUCAAAACCGUCGAGGCGCUCGUGUUGAACGUGGCUAAGCUGGCGUUCCAAACAACCGAAAGUGCCUUUGGUUGCAAAGUGUCUGUGCUGAAACCAAAGGCUAUCGACGAAACCGAUGGCGUCGGUGUUUCUGUGACCAGAUCGAGGGCCGAAAUGGAGUCUCAGCCACUUGUAGACUUUCCGUCGUCGGAAUACGUUCCUAAUCUCAGCAAAGCAACCACCGUCAGGGACGGGAAACAUAUCGUGUACUUGGCUGUUGGCUCGAACCAGGGCUCACAACUGACCAACAUCAACAUCGCUCUCGACGAGCUGGCAAAGAGAAACAUAAAAGUCAAGGCCACGUCGUCGCUCUUCCGCUCUGCUCCAAUGUACUAUUCAAAUCAACCCGAUUUCGUCAAUGGCUCUAUUAAAGUGGAAACCGAAUUGCAGCCUCAGGACCUCCUGAACCAGAUCAAAGAAAUAGAAUACCAGGUGCUGGGCAGGGUCAAACAUUUUGACAAUGGCCCACGUUCAAUCGACCUCGACAUUAUUCUCUACGACGAGGCAAUCUACAACUCGCCAAACCUCAUCAUCCCUCACAUGAGCAUGCUGGAGCGGCCGUUUGUGCUUGCGCCAUUAUGCCAGCUCGUACCGCCAGACAUGAUACACCCAGUGACCGCGGAGCCGAUCCACAACCACUGGCACCAGCUGCGCAAGACGACCAAAGCAGACGACCUGCAACCAGUAAUUCCUCUGUCUGGUGCACGGAUGUUGCCGUAUGGCAGCAGGACGCUGCUGAUGAGCAUUUUGAACGUGACGCCGGACUCGUUCAGCGACGGCGCAGCCGCCAAUCUGCAGAUAGAGCAUGCGAUUUCCCGUGUGGAGCAGAUGGUGGCUGCUGGCGUCGACAUUGUCGAUCUGGGCGGAUGCUCAACUCGGCCGGGCUCGGAGCAGGUUUCUGAGGCUGAGGAGCUCGACAGAGUACUUCCUGUGCUGGAGCAGAUCAGGAAACAGUUUCCAGAGCUCGUGUUGAGCGUUGAUACCUACAGAGCGGAAGUUGCCCGCGCUAGUGUGCGACUCGGCGCAGAUAUUAUCAACGAUGUGAGUGGCGGGCUUUUUGACGAUAAAAUGUACGAGUCUGUGGCGCAGUCAGGUGUCGGUUAUGUGCUGGGCCACACGCGCGGGAAUAUCGCGACGAUGAACACGCUUUCCAACUACGACGAGGUUGCGGCCGGGGGAAUCAAGCAGUUUUCCGAUUACAAUGCUGUCAUGGGCGGUGUGUGCCGAGAACUUGGGAUUGCUUUCGAAAAAUUGCAGGAAGCUGGAGUCCGGCGGUGGCAGGUGAUUGUCGAUCCUGGGCUCGGGUUUGCAAAGAAGGCGGAACAGAGCCUGGAAUUAAUCAGAGACCUGCAGAAACUCAAACACUACCGCCAAUUGUCGCUGGAAAGUGGAGAGUACGUCUCGUUUGACGACAUGGCCGUGCUGAUGGGGCCUUCACGUAAGCAGUUUAUUGGCAAGAUCACAGGCAAGCCACCAAAAGACCGGGCUUUCGGAACUGCGGCAGCAGUGUCGGCAUGCAUUGCGAACGGCGCAGACAUUGUGCGCGUUCACGACUUUGAGCCGAUGAAAGAUGUCACGCUGGUAGCCGAUAGCAUUUACAGAAGGUUGUGA